UGUAGUCGGACCGCCAACGUCGUAUCCUUCCCCAAAUCGAAGUUUAUCCUCCUCUCAUCGAAAGAUCGGGAACCCCCGUUGCUGCAUCAAGUGGUAUCAGAGCUCAAGUUGCUCGGUGAGAGAUUUUAUCACUUCUUUGUUUUUACCUACAGCCCAAAAGAAAAACCACUAAAAUAGGUCAGACCCGAAAUCACCAAAAUAUGUUGAGCCUUUGCUAUUCUACUUAGUCUUUGCUUGCUGAGUUUUCGAUUGCAUCGAUUGGUUGAGUUGCUGGUUCUAGUAGUUUAGUCCUUUAGAGUUUCGAGUUCUGCUCACGAAUUCGUCACCGCAAACACUUCCACCAUCACUUCAUUUAUCUUCAUCCCGCUGCCACCAUCACCACCAUAUUCACCACGAAAUCCACCUCCAACCCCACCAAAUUUCGUCCACCACAACCAGCAGCACCCUCAUCACCACAUCAGCCACCCCCAAAUGCAUUUAUUGCUGCCUCCACCAACAGCCAACCCUUUUGCAACUUUUUGAAGUGAAUCAGCCCUUCCCAAGAAAGCAUUUAAGUGCUCUCACUUUUGACUUGUUGGCUGAAUCAUGUAACUAGCCAACCAACCCAUCAUUACUUCUUGUUUUGACUUGUUGGCUGAAGCUUUGAGCUUGCUGUACAAAAAAAAAAGAAAGAAAACAAAAAAAAAGAAAGAAAAAAAAAAUCAGAAGUGAAGAGAAGGAAAAAAAAAGGAAGGGAAGAGAGGAAGUUGUUGUUGUUGCUGUUUUGUUUGUGUUAUUUUCGUGCUAUUUUGAGUGGCUACGCUUGUGACUAGGCUCGCGUCUCUAAAGGGUUUUGCCUAGGACCAGCACAAUACCAUCGUUGAAUGAUUAUUCAACUUGCUUGAUUAAUGUGGUUCUAGCUGUACCUUGAUAUUACUUGCAGCCACCUAUAGCUCCGCAAAUUUUUAUCUACUAUAUCACAGGAUCGUGCUUGUUGUCGGCUCCGGUACUACUAACCGUUGUUGCUGUUCUUGCUGUUUGCCAACGCCUUUUACAUAACAAAGUAAGAAAUGUAAGAACUCGUUUGCACAAGUUUGGUAGAAGUGGAGAUGGACAACACAUAGCUCCAAUAGUUGAUAGGACAUAUUUCUUGUGAAUUGUUUCUUCCCAUUAACCAUGACAGGAGGAUCGGGGGAGCACCCUCAACAUUCACCACGUACGAGGGGCAUCAUACAACAUUUUGAGCGCCAAGUGAGGGAGCAUGCUGAAGGCCUUGAUGAGGAUGUUAGGGUUGCCAAUGAUCGCCUUGGUCAAUUGGAGGCUGCUCAAAUUGACACCAACUCCAAGCUUUCCUCAUUGGAGAGGUCCCUUGUGGCUGUGAACACUUCUCUUGCAGGUAUCUUGAAUACGUUGGAGAGAAUGGGCCAAGAUGGUCAUGAUGGAUCGGCUAGGCGCAACCACAAUUGCCAUGAUGCUAAUAGCAGCAUCACAGCAAGGGAAGAACUGGAGUACGCUGCUGACACUGAGCAUGAUGAGGAGGUACUUGGUCGUCCACAAAGACAACAGCGCCGGCAGCGCCAUGGCAUGGGCGCUCCACCACGGCGGGAGGUACGUGAUAAUGAUGAUUCUUUAGGCAAGAUCAAGUUUACCAUUCCUUGCUUUGAUGGAAAAUAUGACCCUGAUGCAUAUCUUACUUGGGAGUUAGCCAUUGAUCAGAAAUUUGCUUGCCAUGAUUUUCCUGAGAAUAAACGUGUUAGGGCUGCUACUAGUGAGUUCACUGAUUUUGCAUCCAUUUGGUGGAGUGAAUUUGUUCGUUCCAAUCCAAAUAACACUCCCCAAACCUGGGAUGCAAUGAAAAGAGUCAUGCGAGCUAGAUUUGUUCCUUCAUAUCAUGCACGUGAUUUGCUGCACAAAUUGCAACAACUUAGACAGGGAAACAAAUCUGUAGAGGAGUAUUAUCAAGCUUUGCAAACAGGAAUGCUUCGUUGUGGAUUGGUAGAAAAUGAUGAUGCUGGUAUGGCUAGAUUCAUGGGUGGGCUGAACCGAGAAAUUCAGGACAUUCUAGCCUACAAAGAAUAUAAUUCAAUUAAUCGUUUGUUUCAUCUUGCUUGUAAAGCUGAAAGGGAAGUACAGGGACGAAGAGCUAGCUUCAGGACUAACAUUUCUGCAGGUCGUGCUAGCUCUUGGACAUCUUCUAACGCUGCUGCACCGUCAACUCGAGCAGCAGCACCAUCGUCCUCAAGCAACAAGCUGCGUCCCUCUACAACAAACUCUACACCAUGCCCGAGUGAACCAACAAGAGGGGUUGCUGCUACACCUUCCAAGAGCUCAUCAUCAGUAGCUUCAUCAGGAAGGACAAGAGAUAUUCAGUGCCUACGCUGCAAGGGCUAUGGUCACGUGCGCAAGGACUGCCCAAGCACUCGUGUAAUGAUUGUGAGAGCUGAUGGUGGGUACUCCUCCGCUAGUGAUUUAGAUGAAGAAACCUAUGCUUUGCUUGCAACUAACAAUGCAGGGGAAGGUGACGCGCCCCACCAAGAUGAGGAACACAUUGGGGCUGAAGCUGCAGAGCACUAUGAGAGCCUCGUGGUGCAGCGAGUGCUAAGCGCACAAAUGGAAAGGGCUGAACAGAAUCAGCGCCACACCUUGUUUCAAACCAAGUGUGUGAUCAAGGAACGCUCUUGCCGCGUGAUCAUAUGAUGCGAACCCGCUAGGGUUUGUGGCCCGAUCUUUCGAUGAGAGGUAAGGGAUAACUCGAUUAGAUGAAGACGACGUUCACGGCCCGACUACAACUGU